AUGGCCUCUCCCCCCCUCCCCCUUUCCUCCCUUCCCCCCAGCCCUCUGACCAUGGAGUACCUCAACGAUUUUGACCUGCUGAAGUUCGGGGUGAAGUCGGACUCCUCGCCUGUGCCCCCUGCUGGAGGUCCUCCCAAAGCCACAUCCCAAGACCCCCCCAGCCCCCACCCAGCCUUUAUGCCCCCGGACUCCUGCCUUACCUCCAGCCCAUAUAACUCCCUGCCCCACUCCCCCACGCUGAGCGAUGCUCACCCGCCUCACUCGUCUUCAUCCUCCCUCUCUUCCCUCUCCUCCUCGUCCCCUCCCAUGUCACUUCCUGUCCCACCCGGUGUCAUCUACCCCUUCAGGCUGGCCUAUGGAACUGGCUCCUCCCCUGGCUCCUCCCCCAGCCCCACCUCCCUGGAGGACCUCCUCUGGCUGACAGCCCUACAGCAGUUUGGGCUUGAAGCCACUGCACCCGUCUCUGUGCUAGGGCCCCUCGGUGGUGAGGGCCCUGAGCUGGGGGAGAGAGAUGGGGGCCCCACUGGGGGGUUCCUGGGAUGCGAGGACGCCGUGGAAGCCCUCCUGAGCUCUGCAGCCGUUAACUCUCAGUUCACGGUUCUGGCCCAGAGCUCCGACAGCAGCCAGCGGGACUCCGGCAGUGACAGUGGAGGUGAGGUCUUCUGCCCCCAGGCGGCCGACCUCUGCGCCCGGCCGCUUCUCGUGCUGCCCCCCUCCCUCGCCGGUGCCCCCUUGAGCUCCGUACCCUACCUCCAGACGCUGAGCCCCGACGGUCAGCCUCACCAUCAUCUUCAUCCUCACCCAUAUCACCUCCAUCUCCACCACCAGCUGGGUCAGAGGCAGGGCGGCGUGGAGGAGCGCUUCUCGGACGAGCAGCUGGUCAGCCUGUCGGUGCGCGAGCUGAACCGGCACCUGCGUGGCGUCAGCAAGGACGAGGCGGCGCGGCUGAAGCAGAAGCGGCGCACGCUGAAGAACCGCGGCUACGCGCAGUCCUGCCGCCACAAGCGGCUGCAGCAUCGGCAUGCGCUCGAGGCCGAGAAACACCACCUCAUGCAGCAGCUGGAGCAGCUGCAGCUGGAACUGUCACGGGUGCUCCGAGAACGGGACGCCUACAAGACACGCUACGAGAAGCUGGUCGACACCAAGGAGGCCCCGCUCACCCACUCCGGCCGCCCCCCCACGCCACCGGACUGCUUCCUGUGAAGGCCGCACCGCAUGACGAGAGCUGGGAACCUCGUGACAGGAGACGCUGGAGGCCUGGAAAUAAGGCGUGCGUGUGAUUCUGGGAAGCGGCUGCAGGGAGUGUCGCAUCAGGCCGGGGCCUUGGAGGCCUGCGCUGGGGGGAGGGGAGCGCAGAGAUGCUAAUUCAGUCCGACUGUGGAGUUCGGCGGCAGGCCUUCGCAGUGGGAAUACUGCAGCUGUACCAGUGACACCGAGGAGCUUAAACGUCACUGUGCGCUUAGAGGCCUUAGAAGAGCAUUGUUUGUAACCGUGAUAAUAGUGUCCUAUAUCCUAACUGGUGAUCUUUCAAAAAGCAGAAAAGAAUCUAUCACGUUUAUGAAAAAUUGCAGAGAAGUGUUUGGUGUGUAGCAAAUGUGCUUUCCAUGUAGCAGGACCUCAGUAAUGGAAACUGGAGGUCCUGGAAGAUCCUGGGAGGUCCUGGAAGAUAUAUCAAAAAAAAAAACACAAGUUAGAGUCUAGAACAAGGGUGGCCAA